AUGCGGGACGCGCUGCAGGAUCAGUCGGUCACGCGCAUUGUCCUGGUGGAGGACGUGACCCUCACCGCAGAGGAGUUUGCGCACAACAGCGUGGCCAAGUCAUACGCCGUUUACCUCAGCCGCAACGUCAACGUCACCGCCCUCGCCCCGGACGUGUCCCUGAACUUUGACUUCCUGGGUGACGCGGCGGUCAUCGAGGCCAACAGGACCGUGGUCAUGUUCAACAUGACAAUCUCGAACUCGAGGAGGGGCGCCGGCCUCGGGGUCGACUUCUUCGUCGGCGCCGGUGAGGCAGCCACGAGCGCGCUCUAG